GAUACGCAUUUUAGCAAUUGUACUACGCUACACUCUCCGGCGUUUGCUACCCUUCAGGGUAAGAUACCCGAAAACUGGAUCCAACAUGUUCACCCCCAAGGCUGGCUUUAUUUUUCCUGCUCGUCUCUCAAGAUUGUCACUGCCUAUGAUAUACGCGACCCCGACAUUUAUGAAACUCUUAUGAUGAAUGCCGCCGAGUAUCCACUUUCUGGACUCGAAGACGCGAUGGAGGUGCAGCUGUCUGGUCAUCGCAAUCCAGGGUCUCUCAAGUCUCCUACUUUGAACUUGGUCAUCAAUCACUUGCAUUGUGUCGCGUCCUAUGAGUUUCAGGAAGUCAGAAACGACAUCGUCUCUGUCACAGAUCCCUACAUUUUGAACCGUCGCCGUCGGUUAUAUUGGAAUUUUGUUUGCAAAUAUCCCUCCCACAUACGGUGUCCAGACAGGGCCAUCGCAGACGCUUCGGAUGCGUUAACAUGGUAUUAUACGGAUAAUUUGGUGCGCGGCUCUCGGAGUACAGUGCCCUUUUCCAAGACAGAAUGCGAGGAACUUCGUGGUGUUCUGAAUGAAAUGACGCUUCCCCAAAACGCAGGUAGCAUUGCAAAAACUGCCUUUCUGGCUUGGUUUCUACGGGAAGCAUGCAGCUUUCGCGAUGCCGAGUACUACGGACUUCAUACUGAAAGCACUGCAAACACUAUUCUGGCAGAGAGACAGCGCCCUAACCUCACUCCCGCGUUAGAAAAUCCGUCUCCCUCUAUCUCUCCUUUUGUACACUUGCUCAUCAACGUGGUGUUCUUUGGAAUCCCGAAGACAUACGUGGCAUAUCUCAAGCAAUCGUUCCAGUACAAGGGAAGGCUCAAUAAUAUGCAUCAGAAUUGGGGAGAUUAUAUCUCCAGGCUAGUCAGAGAAUAUUCGAAUUUCCUUCUCAUUGUAAAUAUCUCUUCUGUCAGCGCGACGGUGUCAUUUCUCGCCGUCCCCGGUGCCUCUCCAGCUUGCCAAAUGGCAACAACAGUGUCGGUCUUCACCUCGCUUGGUAGCAUCAUAGUAGGCGUGUUUUCGAUUUGGAGACACCAAGGAAAUACAAGAGGUACGGAUGCAUAUGCCUAUAUGCGGAACGCGCAGCAUAACUGGUUUGGAAUCUACGGACACGCCAUGCUGUUGAGUCUCCCCGCUGUACUGCUUGUGUGGUCAAUUCUUGCGUUUGCUGUGUCCAUUGUUGUGUAUACAUCGCAAAGCACGAGUGGAAGUUCACUGCGUGUCUCUGCUUGGGUAGCCCUGGCUAUAUUUGUUUUGAUCGUGACCACUGUCAUAGGUGCGAUUCACACACUAUCUACGGUGUGGACUAUCCACCGACGUCCAUUUUGGUUCUUGGAUCGCGUCCGUUCCUGCUGGGUGUCGCCAUCUGCAGAAUCCUCUGUUGUAGUAUAA